AUGACAGCUACAGAGUUGGUUCUGAUUUCCCUCCUUUUUUUUCUCGAAGUUAAGGGAGACUGUCCUUCAGAAACCUGUCAGAAGAUCUCUCUUAAUGUGCAUCAAGAUUCUGAGCAAGACACAGAGUUUGCUGGCCAUGUUUUUCACAAUUCCAUCACGUUAAACCCAGUUCAAUGUUAUAUGUGGUGCAUACGCGACUGCCGAUGUUUGUCGAUAAACUACAAGGAAAAUCCACAGAAUGACACCAAGUAUUGCGAGUUGAAUGAAGGAAAUCAUUUCAUCAGCAAAAGUUCAUUGGUAAAGUCUUCAGGCUCAAGAUAUUUUGCUUUACGCAAAGAACGCAGUAAAGUUAAGGUACGAAUGGGGAAGCGCUUAUUAACUGAUACAAAGGACCGUCCUUUUUUAUUGAUGAAAACUGAGAGAAUCACACUAAUGGAUAGGCCAAAUGAGUUUAUUCUGUCAAUUUGAUUCCUACUGAAAUUUCAAACUAUAUCUGUCUCUUCAUAAGAGGGCUUUUAUGUUUACCCCAUACUCUGUUUCAUUAUUAAAUUUCCUGAAAAGGAUAUGCAGUGAACUUUGUAACUUGCCGAGGAAUAUAUCGGCGAUACCCGUUAAAUAAAAACUUUAGGCGCAUAUUAUUUGACUAAAAAACAAUCUCCUAGCUAAAGGUAAACAGUCAGAUAUUGCGGGUGAAAAUCCUACUUUUUUUCUCAUUAAUAAAUUCAGCGUAAACCUUUUCGACUUUGAUUAUUUACGAAGUAUUCAUUUCAGUUCGAAAAGUUGGACGAUUGAAUUUAAACUUGCAUUCUAUUUCUCAGCCAUUUUCUUUUUUGCAAGGGAAUAAUCUUUACUCGGCUUAUAGGCUCCUAAAGUUCUGAUGCUUGCAAAAAACCAAUUAAAAUAAAUACUUUCUGCAAUAGAUUAUUGCUUUCAGAUUGUAUCGUGCCAUGACCUAGCAAGUAUAAUUAAAUUAAAGCGGCCCACCGGUUUGAAUUAGAUUGCAGGUGUCUACUCUUAUUUAUAUCCAUCCAAUGAAUGUCAUAAAAGGGCAGGCGAGAAAUCCGAAAAAUUGCUAUACUAUCUGUUUGAAAUCCACCAAAACUAAAGCUAAAGGAGUUCUGACAUAAAACGCCUAAAUAAAACGUUUUCAAAUAAUUAGGAAUAGUAACAGAACCGAGUGGAGUCCAAUUCGGUCUGUAAUCGUACGAGUAAAUAACAAAAUCGAACGGUCGCGCAGGGGGAGUCCGAUUUGAUAACUACGAGUAUGAUUAUUAUGAGUGACGUGCAAUUCGGUCUGAAAUUAUAUGCGUGGUUUGAAAUCAUAGGUAUGAUUUCAGAUCAAAAUUGCACGCCACGAAGUUCAGUUACCACUCAGUAUUACAUUCAUUUUGAAAUCGCAAAAUUCAGUCGCUCGCAUGCAGGAUUUUUUAUUUUGUACAAAUGUUUUAUUGAUCUAGUAGCGAGCUGGUUCGAAGAAGUUGCAAAUUUGUUUUUCAUUUUCAUGCCAUUUUUAUUGUUUGUUUUUAAACAAGCAACUGUUUGUUUUAUCUUAGUAAAGCGUCCUCAUCGGCUAAGAAAAAGAUGAAAGUUAGAGCAAAAAAUUGUGCGAUUCGUGAAUAAAUCGCACCAAUGAAAGGCAAUGAUAUUACAAGGAUCACCAGUGAUUUCAAAAGGGAUGGGCCCGAUGUCAUGUGUUCGGGAAAUUUCUUAAUCCUGGCUACGUUCCAAAGGCUAAGAGCAUUGAAUAUGGAAAAACGUAGGAUUGUAUGAUCCUUUUUCUUACCGGUAAAACUCAUCUAAUGAAAUCAAUUUUCGUUCAAUUUUUCGUUGAAGACCCAAAGCAUCAUUUCUUCAUGCGCUUAUGACGUCACGUGUAUCAACGGCUGCUGCAGGAACAAUCCGUGUCUCAAUGGAGGAACCUGCACUGAAAUCUGUGAGCCCACCAGUGUUCGGUACAACUGCUCCUGUCCUGUUCCGUUUGCUGGAAAACACUGCGAGAUUCGGCAGAAAAGAAGCUGUCAGGAUUACAAGGCAGCCGGGUCCAUCGCCUCUGGAUUGUACACAGUUAGCGAUGACAAUAAUCAAACCUUCCAGGUGUUCUGUGAUUUUGAUUCAGAGCCUGGACUCGCUUGGAACCUGAUUGAGUCCUUUAGUUUAUCUAACAAACAUCGUUUUCAGGUAUUUGCAUUCUCUUUGAAUCUUUUAUAAAUAUCUAAUCUAAGUAGAAAGAACAUUCAGCAGUGGAUGUGAAUUACAUUCAUCCUCAUUUUGUUUCUAUGAUAUUCUUGUUUCAUAAACGACAAUUUUGACAACGGUGGAAAGUCUUCCCUAACUUUAAUUAACGUCCUAUGUCUAUAGAAAAAAAUCGUGUUUUACGACAACUACACAGCCAUCAGCGGUGAUGCCCCAAAUUGGCAGGCCUACCUUAUCGAACGACCGUACCUCCUUUGGCUCAGAAAUCGCUCGACUCAAUGGAGAGCUACUUGCCGAUACAACACAGAUGGCACCGUAUAUACAGAUUACCUGAGAGCCUCACUUGAAGACUUUGACAUCGUCAGAGACGUACCCACAAAAAUACAGACCUGUCGACCGUACGAAUAUGUCAACAUUCGAGGAAAUGAGUGUUUGAAUUGCACUACGGCAACAUGGUAUAAGAAAGGAAGCUACCCUUUCCACAUAGACAGUUCCUGUACCAGUUGUGGCUGUGAUUUCGAUGGGAUAAAAACAGACGUGGCCAUUUCAAGCGAGGACAACUUUGGAUAUUACUCUAGUACAAAUCCCAAAUUCCGUUGUACCUCAAACCCAGCAGAUACGACUCAGUUCUGGAUCGGAGGCAAAUAGUAGGGUGACCAAACAGUAGAAACUGGAUGGGGCUCAUUACUUAGCUUUUGGUGGCAGACCCUGGCAGUCAACAACUUUUUUUUGUCAUGAAUUUAAUCUUCAAGUUACGAGACAGUGUAAAAAAAAAUAUAUAGUAGAUGGGGCAAGGUUAAGAGAAACCUCAGGGUUUUUACAUGAUUGUGUCCCCCUAGCAGAUAUCAAGGUCAAACAGUAAUGUAUCAAUGAAAGAGUCUUUGAAACCACUAGGGUUUAAAUUCAGUUCUAAAUACAUUCAAUUUCUGAAUGGAGCUUGAAAGAAAGGUUAAACGUGUCCAGGAAAGGCUAUGGCUAAGGCAUAGAUCCAUUAAGGCGUAUUUAAUUAAAAUAGUGCUGUAUUACAUAGUUAACUUGAAACCCCUCGGUUAACAUUGAUGACGAAUUUAAUAUCAUCCACUAUCUAUAAUUUUGGAGUUAUUUAAAUUAACAGUCAGCCUCUAUGUUAUGAAAAGUGUGUCUAGAAUUCUAAAACAUUCUAAUUUUUUGUUCUAUGUGAUUAAUUUCGUAACGUGGUUCUCUUCUGAGUAUUAAUUGCAUUAAUGCUUAUUGUUAGUUCUGCUUUUGUGUUGUAAAUAGUUUCUAGCUAGUUCGUUAUGUGAUGCAUUUGAUACGUGGCAUUUUGAAAUUUGUGUGAGAAUAAGAAUAGAUGUUAGAAGUUGUAUAAAAUAAACUUUUUCUCGUUUUUACCGUAAGUGUCGACCAGUUUUAUCUUACAUCUUCGAAUUCAAUCAGCACACUCUACAAAUUAUACUUGAGCCAGCGUUGAAAUUCAUCUAAGAUAUUGAUAAAUAAUUAUUAAAAAUGAUAAAUUCUGAGCCAGAUAUUGAAAUAAAGAAAUAUACUAUUAAUUUUUUCAUGAGCUGGGGAAAACACAGAAUCCACCAUGAGAAAUCGUAUUUGCCCUUCAAAGCAUUACCACGGAGCCUCAGGGAAUGAGGUGACAAGUUUGGAGUGGAGGAUACUGACGCGUCCUGCUCACUGCUACGAUCAGCUUCGGAGGCCUUGUUUCGGAAUAAAUAUAUUAAGAAAUGUAGUGGUAAAUGCUUAGUAAAUGGGGAAAGAAAGUACUCGUUUUUUCAUUGGCGUUGUAAAAAGGAAAAAAUCUAAAGCACGUAACAUUACGAAAAAUUUUUUCUGAGUGUUGAAAGCACAUCGAUUUUCCCUUCAUCCGAUCAAAAUUGUAAAAAAAUUCCUUUUAUUGCUGGAGUAACGUAAACCGCGUAAACGUAAAUUUCAGAAGUUAAAAAACAGAAUUAAAAAACUGUGACUUUUGAGCUCCGUCGCAAAUAAAAUAAAUGUGCUAUUCAUUUUUUCACGAGCUUAGGAAAAUACAGAAUCCACCAUAAGAAAUUGCAUUUGCGCUUCGAAGUUUUACGUCUUAGCUUUAGAGAAUGUGAUGGAAAGUUUGGCUAUUAUUAUGUUCACAUGUGAUACUGAUGCCUUCAGCUCACUGUCAGCAUUAGCUUCAAAAACUAUGUGCGAAUAAAUAGAUUAAGGAAUAAAGGCAGUGGUAUAUGUCUAGUGAAUAGGGAAGAUGUCGCUCGUUUUGUCACGUGCUUCGUACAAAGUGUUCAAGGUACAGCAGCUAAAAUCAAUUUUCUCUUCACCCCGUAAACAUUGUAAUGGCAAUUAUAGUUUAGGUGUUGUAAUAACGUAAAGCUUGUGGAUAGAACAAUUUUCAUUUAAAAGCGCAAGCAAUCCAAAUUGCAAUUGGUAUCUGCAUGAGCUUACUUUACCUCGUUCAAUGAAGAAAACUUUGGGCACUUUGCAGGGUUUCCUUAAAAGUUCACAAAAAAGUUCCUUAAAAGCUGACCAAAUAGUGUUAGUAAGAGCGAGGUACAGCCGAGCACAAUGACUUAUCAAUAGCUCGAACCCGGACCUCUCGAUCUGGAGCACAUUGCACUCACCACAAGACAAGACGGUAAAAUGUAAAUAUUUAACUUACUUUUUUUUGUUUACCUUUAAUGUGAUUGUUUUCUUUAUUCUAGCCCAGAAUUAUUUCUGUACAUUUGACUGGUUUAAGGAGGGCUAAAUAAGCGAAGUUGGACACAAGGGUGCAUCUUGGCUUCACCAGCAGAAAACUUCGAGGGUUCGCCCAAGGAAGUUUUAAUUCAAAGGGCGGGGUAAGCUUCUUUCCACCGUAAGGGGUUUCUCGUUAUGUUUUAUAAUUUACUUUAUAACCCAGUUGAUAACACCAAGUUAUCUCGAGAUUUCAGUAGUAUGUUACGAACUGAUAACCUCUAGAUCAAAUAUCGGGGAGAGGUUUCCUAAACCAUUUCCUCUUUUUGAGAAAUAUUUAAUAGCUUAGGAUGGUCAGUAUUUUAUUGAAGAGACGAAAAUGGGGUGUGGUGAAAUGAUACGAGAAACGGAAUUCCUAGGAUGGAUUGGGGAAAAAUUCCGCCUCGCUUCUUUCCAAGCCGAGCUUUUCUGUCAAAAGAUGAAAGAAGUAACAACUCACAAUGGUUUAAUUUUCCACUUCCAAAGAACUUUUAAUGUCUUGUCACGUAUAUGUGGCAUACUAUGAUGCAAAUAACAAUUCAAGUCAUAACUAAGUUCUAUACUUAUGAAUAAGUUCUUGGUAAAAGCGGGAUUAAACUCACGACUCGGUCUAACAUGCAUGGGAUUGAUACUAAACAAUAUGCUAAUGAAACCAUAAAUGUCUGCAUAAGUAAUCCGCCUUUGGGUAAACAUUCAGCACAGCAUGUUGAAGAGAUAAUCUGAGUUUAAACGUUUGACAAAGGUACAGAAUUAAAACAUAAUGCUUCGUACAUUUCAUAGAAUGCCAAAAUUUACAUUUAGCAUCGAUAACCUGCAUGUGUAAAAGGGAAAGCAGAUGAAAUUAAAGCGAGCUGAACGGCGCUAAAUAAGCUCAGAAAAGCUUACAAGAUACAAAGCAACAAACACAAUGGUUUAAUUUAGUGUUAUCAACUCAGUUGAUAACGUAAAUUAAAGAGUCUAAAAGCUGACGUUUCGAGCGUUAAUCCUACAUCAGAGCGAUUGGAGGAAUUGUGAGUUGUAUGUGGGUUUUAUAUGCAGAAAAUGGAGCUACGUUAUUGGUGUACAAAAAUAUGGUGACAAAACAGUGGCAAGUUUGUUUUUGUUCAAAACUAGCUCGCAGUUUUAAACUUAAAAUGUGAUUGUCUAUUCUCAUACAAAUCCUCUUAAGAGAGUAUACACUCUAUCUUCGAUAUUUCACCCAUUGCACAACAUAGGCACAAUUGCACAUUUACGGUGGCUUAUUAUGCGAACUUGGGUUACCUGUGACAUAACAUAACAAUCUAAAUGGUAUCCUUUAGCAGUUUUUAUCAUCUAUCUUGUGAGGUGUACAAAAAGCAAUUGUCAAUAUAUGAAAUGACUCCGCAACAUAGGUUCUUUGAUGUUAAAAUUACUUGUCUCCAAUCCAGAAUUGAGUCGUGGCAUUUAAGCUUGAAGUACAACGGAAUUUAAGAUUUUCAAUUCCUUACAAACCAAAUUUGUCCGCAUACGAGAUUACAUUACCGGACCCAUUGCCGUUUAAAUCGCAAAAAAUAUUUAAAUAACUGUCUAUGUGAAAAGGGAAAAUCCCUUUUUUAUAGUAUGUUGCUGCUGUGCAAUUUACACACAUAUUUGCCCGGAUGUUGACAUAUUCGUACGGUCGACAGAUAUCUACAACCGUGGGUACGUCUCUGAUGACAGCAUAGUCUUCAAGCGAGGCUCUUAGGUAAUCCGUAUACGCUUUGCUGGCUAUAGUGUACUGACAAGUAGCUCUCUGAUGAGUCGAGUGAUCUCUGAGCCAAAGGAGGUAGGGUCGUUUGACGAGAUACGCCUGCCAAUUUGGGGCGUCACCGCUGAUGGUUUGGCAAAUCAUUGUUAAACACAAUUUCACUCCGUUGACAGAGAGCGUCGAUUAAGUUAGAUUAUUAUUAUUAUUAUUAUUAUUAUUAUUAUUAGGAAGGCUUAUAUGAUAAACCUACUGUCUAUUUAACAAUAGGCCAUUUUACAGUUGUGUGCUUAGUUGCUAAGCCUUUGAUUUGGAGUGAGGCUAAAGAUGACCAUGAUAACAAAGUAAUUUGCAUUUGAAAAGCAACAAGGUUUGUAUCAUAACAAGGUCAACCUUAGCCUCACUCCUGUUCAAAGGCCUGGCAACCAAGCACAAAGUCUGUUUUAAAACAGGAACGCAGUUAAGGGUUUCAAUAACUGUCUCGAGGUGUCCUAACCUCUAGCGUGGGUAGCCGGAUAAGGCUGUGAAAACACGAAGAAGUAUUCUAUCGCUCAAAUCAAAAACUCAACAAAAGAAAAGGGGAGCCACAUCACUCUGCACCUGUUCAAGUCCACGAUAUAACAAUACCAUUGCAGUAGCCUUUCCCAGUGAAGAGGAAAAUUUACUCAAGGUUCCUAGGCUAAGGCAAUUCUCUUUUCCAAUUCAUUUUUAAUGGUUUUUUCUAAAAUGACAGAAAAAGCAGAGGGUUUUUCCCCGUGUAUCGUCUUAUGAGCUCGUUUUAAAUUUCAUUAGGAAAAGAGUGAACAGGCUCUGAAUAAAGUUGAUAUCAUUAAUACGAGUUCAAAAUUAAAAUGAAUUGAUAGGAAAACACAUGAAAAUUUCCCUAGCUCUCGAUGAUAUACCGUACGUAGGUUGUAAUUACGGCAUCUUGGAGAACAUUUAAGGGAGAUCUCGGAUGUUAGUGAAAUAGCUUGCCUUUGUUGAACUCGCAUUAUUUCAUGUCGUUCUUUUCCUUGUAGUUUUAAAGAUAAACAUCGACAGUCGUGUAUACACCGUAAGUAGCAAUGAACUGGGUUUGAAGUCACAGAAUAGAGGAAAAGAUGGCUAACAAGCUCUUCGUCUCGCAUUGCAUCCCCAUAAACAUUAAAGGGAUGUGUUUGACAAAACUCCCGUAUCGCAGUUGCCUUUGGCUUCUGUAAAUGUCCCAAAAAGCUGAAGACUGGUUAGAAACUGAAUUAAACGCUUAGCCGUGAUCAUUCUAACUUGUAUUUUCAGCCUGUUUCGUUGGGAUGAUGUGGAGCCAUAUCGCACCUGAAGCUACUAAGCAAUGGAGACACGUAGAAGUCUAAUUUGAUCGAAGAAUUUCUAAUAAUUGGUUUGCGCGAAAUGGUAUGAAGAGGAACAGUUCAAAAUACCAGACGAUGGUGUUGGGAAAAAAUAAAGGAACUGACGAUGAGCCAGUGUUCAGGUGUGAUGAGUCACAACUUCCCAUAUCCAACACAAUGGAACCUCUUGGCGUAACAAUUAAUGACAAAUGAAAUUUCGAAAAGCAUAUCGCUAAAAUAUGUAGAAAAGUCAGUAAACAGAUCACUGUAUUUAAAAAAAAUACAGAAACUGUUACCUUUUGAGACUAGAAGGGAUCUUUAUAAAGCUUUCAUUCUACCACACUUUAAUUACUGUUCCAUCACGUGGCACUACUGUAAUAAGAAAUCAGCUGACAAGCUAGAGAUGGUGAAAAAAAAUAUAUAAACCGAAUCAUUUUCCUGCCUCAUUUCUUCAAGUUGCCAUCCAAUUAUCAUUCUGGCAAGUUAUGAACAAGUUAUAGGUUAUCAACGGCAAGUCUUGAAACUAAACUGUAUCUUCCUCUGACAAGUGCUUUUUAUUUGUUUAUAUAUUUUUUUUCUUGGGUUGUAGGUGGAUAUCGUCUUAUUCUGAAAAUAAAAUAAACUCAUCUCGACACUUGGUCGCCUUGUCGAGGUCCUAUUUGAGUUACAAUGGAAUUUGGGAUGUGUAGUAUAGAAAUUUCCAAAGUUGCCUUCGUUAGGUAUAGCCAGAUUCAACUACUUCCAUAAAAGUCGCAAGGUAUAUCAAUUUGGGUGAUGAAUUUGAUUACAGCUAGCAGAAAAGAGAAAAUGUCGGUGAUCUGAUUCAAGAAGCGCUGGACGCACUCGGGCGGCGUGGAGGUCCAGAUGCGUUUAUUAACAUCAAAUAUAUGGUGCCAAUCUAUGAAUCCUGCAUGUUGAAUUAACUCUGGGAAAUUCUGAACAGUUCGCCUUGCUUAUUUAGUGGGACAUGGUCGACUAGCGAUUUCAGAAAUUUUUGAAGGAUAAUCAGAUUUCAGAAUUAAUACAAUUUUUUUGUCAGAAACUUUAUGUUACAACCGACGUAUCCUUUUUGUUUUAGUCAUCUUCCUCGUUUGAUUAUGUUCCAACCACUCAUAUAUUCUUAAUAAAUAUCUUGUCGAUACUUUCAGAACCUCAUAUUGUACAUAAAGAAUAAUUUUAUCGUUUUUGAUUGAUCAUGUAGGCUUCCAGGUGCAUGUACGUGUAGAAGAAUUUUUUUCUCUGAGGAAGUAAAUGUUACGAUCAACUAAUUUGGACUGCUUGAAUUUGUUUUGUUUUAUCAUGCUCAGAAAUGCCUCGCCUUAUCUGCAUUCCUGGGUAACAAAUGAUCCGUUAAAAUCUUAAUAUACAAAUCAAAAACACAAGGGCAUAAGCACUUGUUUCUUAAGAAUAAUUGCUUAACUCUUGGAAUAAACUCAAAUAGCAAUUACAUGUACAUACAGUCAAACCUGUAUUGGAAGGCACUAUUAAUAUUUAGUGGUCACCCUGUGCUAAGAGGUCGAUGGUCAAAGUCCUGGAUUUGUUUCCUUUUAUCACUGUAAUUUCCUCCUCUAUUAAGUGGUCCUAGUCACCUUUGAGUGAGAAAACUGCAUGUUUGUAUUGUCUUCCACCUGUAUUGAAUGGUAACUUAGAGUGAAACCACUAAAAAAAACACUAAGAUAAUGUUUCAAGUAAAACUGAAUAACUUUAUUUCUCCCAAAAUCAAAGUUUUGUAUUGUUUUGUCUUCCACCUGUUUUGAAUGGUCACUUAAUUAAAGCACAACGACUCAAAUAGGACUGUGAAUAAUGUUUCAAGUAAAACUGAACUCAUAUUUCUCUCGCAAAAUGAAAGAAAGUAGUGUUUGUGAGUGAGGUUUUGUGCAUUAAGUGGUCAAUUAUGGCAUAAAAGGGCAGCUUUUAUCGUUUUUUAUAUUAUCCCUGUUCUGUGGAACCUUUCUUAAGUCUUAAACUCCCAGAAGUGAUUAACAUGUAACUUCUCCCUAUAUUAUCAAUACAUUACCCAGCAAACAAGUGUCAAACUUAUCAGGUACAAGAUAUCAUCUUGAUUAAACACCAAAUUCUCGUAACCAAUUUACAAGAAAAUGUGUAACAGCAAGAGGAGAGAAUUAACAAUCAGAUCCGGGAUUGAUCAGAUCAGGGUUAAGCGGCAAAACUGUAUCAAGCCGUCAACCCACCGUUCCCUGCUUGGGGUUUGACUUUUCAUGAAAGUACGGUUCAGCACAAAAAAAUAAAUAACAGCUUUCUUCCAAGACCAUUCUCUAAAUUUCUUAUCCUUCUUGUUCUCAGUUAACUUAUUGUCCCAGCCUAAUGUGUUACAGCAAUAAAAAACCUUCUUUUCUCUAUUGGGGAAAAAUUUAUAUUUCAAAGCUAACUCAGUUAAUUUAUUACUUAUUGUUAAUCCAUUAUUGUCUCAGCCUCUUCACCAUAAUGGGGGAAAAUUUCUAUUUUAAGGCUUACCGCUUAGAAUCAUAUUCUUCCUAUUUUUGAGAAGUUAGGCAAUAAGUGAAAUUGGUCAAAAUUCAAGGAAAAUAGCGUGUGUAUUACAGUCUAGGAAAAAAAGAUUUUUAACUUGUGGUAUAUUGAAGGAAUUCAAGGCUCACUGAAGUGUUAAUUUCAAUUAUUCAUGCAAAUUAAGUUCACUCAGCGGGAGGAAAUUGGCAAAGCACUGGUCUUUUCUUUUUCUAAUUUUUUUAAUACAACAUCUUCCCAAUGCUUCCUCCAUGCUAUGCUGUUAUGAUGUUAUGAAAACAAUUAAAAUAUUUUCCAGAACUUGAAAUGUUUUGAAAAUGUUAGGCCUACUAAGGGCAAUUUACUGCAAGAAAAAAAAAAUAAUUGUGUAAAAAAAAACUUGUAUUUUGCGCACAGACAUGUUUAUUCAUUCAGCAAUAAGCUAUAGGUUACAUUAAAAAAAUCUGCUUCGACUGAUUAAAUUGGUUAAUUUAAGAGGCCGGUUGAAAUGUCAUUUCAGCCGUGGAAACAGUGGUAAAUGUCAAAAAAGGGAUGCAUUGAUGCCUAAAUGAGCUUAAUGGCUGAUUUCACCGGGAUAUAUUUCUAAUCACCUUUAAUCUGUAUUUCUAGACCUUAAACGCAUUUCGAAAGAAAGUAGGCAAGCAUCAAAAGGAAACAGCCACCGUAAUAUCGCGCGGUAUUUCCUGGGAUGUAUUUGUUACGUUCUUAACCAACUUAAUUAUUUACGUGCCUCUGGCAAACAUUUACCAUUUUCCAUUUGUAAGUUAUUUUGGCUAUAAUUAAUGGUUUCGUUUGCAGUCAAUACAGAAUCGUUAGGCAAUCGAAUUGUCAGUCAGUGGAAGCAGAAUGUCGAUAAAUGUGAAGGUACGCUUUUUGCCUGGGUAAUUUACGUUUUAGUAAAAUCGUUAAUAAAACAGCGAUCAGACUAGGAAGAAAGAAAGACUUUGUAGCCGAGACUUUGACACUAAGAAAAAUGUGCGCACAGAAGUUGGGGUAUGAGUUACUCUCCCUAAGAUAAAGGACAGGUGGGAUGGGAAUCAUCCACUUGCCUUCUUCGUCUCCUGAGACACUCGAAGUGCUGUUCCAAAACCGAAAAUAUCCACCAAAUGUUAUGUUCACAAACCCUUGUGCUUAAUGGAUUUUUUAAUGAAGUAAAAACCACUUUGUAUUCUUUAAAAAUGUCAGAAGUCACUAAAAAAACGAAUCCGAAGAUUGAUUACUACCGUGCAUUACUGACGUUAACUGCUAAAAUACAAACAGAGUUGCAUUCGAUGUCAAAACCAACUAACUGAAAUAUUUGAUUCUAAACAGUACUUUUAAAAGGUUGAGCCUCCAGCAAGACAAGGUUGUUAUAUCAGAUGCCAAACAAGACCACUGAACACUGCUAACAGCUCACUUGUAGAUCCUCCUUACUUCUCCAGCUGUAUAUCAAAAAUAAUUUUUUAGAUGAAGACUCGAGACGUCAGAGGGUGUAAUUCCAUCAGCGCUAACCAAUCAGUGAAAAGGCCUGACAAUAUCUAUCUGUCCGAUUCCGUCAAAUGAGUUACGUAAAAAUAUUAUUGUAAGCUUUAACGCGGUGCAGAUGUACAGCACAGAUAUGACAGCUGCAGAGUUGGUUUUAAUUUCCCUCCUUUAUCUUCUCGAAGUUAAGGGAGGCUGUCCUUCAGAGACUUGUCAGAAGAUUUCUCUUAAUGUGCAUCAAGAUUCUGAGCAAGACAGAGAGUUUGUUGGCCAUGUUUUUCACAAUUCCAUUACGUUAAACCCAGUUCAAUGUUAUAUGUGGUGCAUACGCGACUGCCGAUGUUUGUCGAUAAACUACAAGGAAAAUCCACAGAAUGACACCAAGUAUUGCGAGUUGAAUGAAGGAAAUCAUUUCAUCAUCAAAAGUUCAUUGGUAAAGUCUUCAGGCUCAAGAUAUUUUGCUUUACGCAAGGAAUACAGUAAAGUUAAGGUACGAAUCAGGUAUACGUGGUAGCGCUUUUUAACUGAUACAAAGGACCGUCCUUUUUUAUUGAUGAAAACUGAGAGAAUCACACUAAUGGAUAGGCCAAAUGAGUUUAUUCGGUCAAUUUGAUUCCUAAAUGAGUAAGAAUAAAUUUAGCGUAAACCUUUUCAACAUUGAUUAUUAAGAUGUAUUCAUUUUCAGUUCGAAAAGUUGGACAGUUGAUUCUAAAUUUGCACCCUGUUUCUCAGCCAUUUUUUUUUUCAAUGGAAUAGCUAUAUCCUGUACUUGGCCUAAGCUUGUAAAGUUGUGCAUACUGUGGCAUAGCUGUCAAGGUGUGUCAUACUUGUGAAGAUGUCAUGUACUUGUCAAAUAGUUGUGACAAUGUCAUUAAAUAUGCUAAUGUCGAGACGAUAUUUAUGGCGAGGCGUGCACCGAAUACGGGACUUGUGUGCAUAGGUUAUAUGUCGUAGGUUGUCUUGCAAUUUUGUGGAUACCACACAUACUUGCAUACCUUUUUAGCUUGUACACAUGUUUUGUCGAUCCUGUAACGAACAGGUUUGAAGAAAGUUGCAAAUUUGUUCUUCAUUUUCAUUGGUCUUCAAUUGUUUGUUUUAUCUUAGUAAAGCUUCCUCGUUGACUAAGAGCAGAGAAUGGUGUGAUUCGUGAAGAAAUCGCCCCAAUGCGAGCCAAUCUGAUUACAAGGAUCACCUGGAUUUCAAAAGUGUAUGCAAUGAAUAAUAAUAUAGUGGGUCUGAUAUCAUGUGUUCGGGAAAGUUUUAGUCUUGGCUACGUUCCAAAGGCUAAGAGUAUUGAAUAUGAAAAAACGUAGGAUUGUAUGAUCCUUUUUCUUAUCGGUGAAACUCAUCUAAUGAAAUCAAUUUUCGUUCAAUUUAUUGUUGAAGACCCAAAGUAUCAUUUCUUCAUGCGCUUAUGACGUCACGUGUACCAACGGCUGCUGCAGGAACAAUCCGUGUCUCAAUGGAGGAACCUGCACCGAGAUCUGUGAACCCACCAGUGUUCGGUACAACUGCUCCUGUCCUGCACCGUUUGUUGGGAAACACUGCGAGAUUCAGCAGAAGAGAAGCUGUCAGGAUUACGAAGCAGCCGGGUCCACUGCCUCUGGAUUGUACACAAUUAACAAUGAUAAUAAUCAAACCUUUCAGGUGUUCUGUGAUUUUGAUUCAGAGCCUGGACUCGCUUGGAACCUGAUUGAGUCCUUUAGUUUAUCCAACAAACAUCGCUUUCAGGUAUUUGCAUUCUCUUUAAAUCUUUCAUAAAUAUUUAAUCUUGGACGAAAGCACAUUCAGCGGUGAAUACAAAAUACAUUCGUCCUCAUUUUGUUUCUAUAAUUUUCUUGAUUCAUAAGCAACAGUUUCGAUAACGAUGGAAAGUCUUCACUAACUUUAAUUUACGUCCACUGACUAUACAGCAGAAUAUCGUGUUUUACGACGAAUACCAAGCCAUCAGCGGUGACAAUCCAAAUUGGCAGGCCUACCUGAUUGAGAGACCUUACCUCCUUUGGCUCAGAGAUCAUUCGACUCACUGGAGAGCUACUUGCCGAUACGACACAGAUGGCACCGUAUAUACAGAUUACCUGAGGGCCUCACUUGAAGACUUUGACAUCAUCAGAGACGUGCCCACAAAAAUACAGACCUGUCGACCGUACGAAUAUGUCAACAUUCGAGGAAAUGAGUGUGUGGAUUGCACUACAGCAACAUGGUAUAAGAAAGGAAUUCUCCCGUUUCAUAUAGACAGUUCCUGUACUAGUUGUGGCUGUGAUUUCGAUGGGAUAAAAACAGACGUGGCCAUUCCAAGCGAGGACAACUUUGGAUAUUACUUUAGUACAAAUCCCAGAUUCCGUUGUACCUCAAACCCAGCAGAUACGACUCAGUUCUGGAUCGGCGGCAGAUAG